GACUACAGAUCAAAUCAUGUCAGUUCACACAUAACUUUUCAUCUUCUAAAUUUUAAGUAAUCAACCCAUUUAUACCAUUCAUGGCAAAAGCACAAAUCAGGCAGUCUGUUGGAAUUGAUCUAGGAACUACUUAUUCAUGUGUAGGAGUCUUCAGAAACGGUGCAGUAGAUAUAAUAGCUAACGAUCAAGGAAACAGAACCACGCCAAGUUAUGUCGGCUUUACUGAAAUAGAAAGACUUGUGGGAGACGCUGCCAAAAAUCAAACAGCGAUCAACCCCACAAAUACAGUAUAUGAUGCUAAAAGAAUUAUUGGGAGAAAAUUUGACGACCCAGUUUUGCAACAAGACAUCAAACAUUGGGCUUUUGACGUAAUCAACGAUAAUGGAAAGCCCAAGGUAAAGGUUCAGUACAAGAAAGAGACCAAAACUUUUUUCCCGGAAGAAAUUUCGUCGAUGAUAUUGGCGAAGAUGAAAGAGACAGCUGAAGCGUUUUUAGGGUAUAUCGUGUCGAGGGCUGUGAUAACAGUACCGGCAUAUUUUAAUGACUCCCAAAGACAAGCAACUAAAGAUGCAGGUACAAUAGCUGGAUUAGACGUACUGAGGAUCAUUAAUGAACCCACAGCUGCAGCUAUCGCUUAUGGUUUAGAUAAAAAAGGCGACGAUGACAAAUAUGUGCUGAUCUUUGAUCUGGGUGGAGGCACGUUCGACGUUUCUAUUCUUCUUAUAUCUGGAGGUAUCUUCGAGGUGAAAUCAACUGCAGGAGAUACACAUUUAGGAGGUGAAGACAUAGAUAACCGCAUGGUCCAGUAUUUUUCUGAAGAAUUCAAAAGAAAAAACAAGGUCGAUCUAUUAAAGAAUAAACGAGCAAUCAGAAGACUGAAAAGUGCGUGUGAAAGAGCAAAAAGAACUUUGUCAUCAGCUACGCAAACGUCAAUAGAAAUAGACUCUAUUGCCGAAGGCAUUGAUCUUUAUUCGGAUAUAACCAGAGCAAAAUUUGAAGAGAUAAACCACGAUAUAUUUCAACGUACGAUAGAACCUGUAGAGAAAGCUAUUAAAGAUGCUAAGAUCGGUAAGAGAGAUAUCUCAGAAAUUGUGCUGGUUGGAGGCUGUACUAGAAUUCCGAGAGUGCAGACCAUUCUUUCAAACUUGUUUGAAGGAAAACAACUCAAUAAAUCUAUUAACCCUGACGAAGCUGUAGCUUAUGGUGCGGCUGUUCAAGCUGCAAUUUUGGAUGGAGAUACUCACGAAACAGUAAAAGAUGUAUUGCUACUUGACGUUACUCCCCUAUCUUUAGGCAUUGAGACAGCUGGUGGAAUAAUGACGAUCCUGAUCAAACGAAAUACGACGAUACCAACGAAACAAACGCAAACCUUCUCGACAUACGCUGACAAUCAACCAGGCUGUUCUGGUACAGGUAUAUGAAGGAGAGAGGACCAUGACAAGUGACAAUAAUAUUUUAGGAAAGUUCGAACUGACAGGUAUUCCUCUCGCACCUAGAGGCAUACCCCAAAUAGAAGUCACCUUCGAUUUGGAUGCCAACGGUAUUCUUAGUGUCAGCGCGAAAGAAACAGCCACUGGCAAACAGAACACAAUAACAAUAAGAAACGAUAAGGGACGACUGACUAAAGAACAAAUAGAGAAGAUGAUAGGCGAUGCUGAGAAGUUUAAAGAGGAAGAUCAUGCUGUUAGGGCUGCUGCAGGAGCUAGAAAUGAGUUAGAGUCACAUGUUUACGAAAUGAGAAACGUUAUGAAUGACCCCGUGAUCCAACAGAAAAUUAACCAAAACGAUAAAAAGAAAGUACUAAAAAUGUGUGACGAUAUAACCCAAUGGAUCGGCGCUAAAGACAAGAGAUCUGAAGCAGAAUAUGUCAGGAAGAAGCAAGAAUUAACUGACCUAUGUAAACCUAUUAUGAUUCAGUUGUACAGUUCGCCAUCAGCGGGCAGUAAUGUUCGUCCGAAUUUUUCGCAACCGUCAGCCGAGAGGGAAGACGCUCAAGGUGGUGGUGGGCCAAUUAUUGAUGAAGUCGAUUAAAACACAGUUACGUAUUUGAAAACAUUUGCCAUGGUAUAAUUAGUAUCUUCACCAUUAGAAAUAUAAUCGAUAAUUUAUUUAUAAUAU